UCUCCUGUCCACCAGCCCCACAUUCAGACAUCUACUUCCAACAGUAACCCAGUUCCUCCAGCCAGACCCUCAGACAACGUCCACCAUGAGCUUCUCCUCCCAGUCCGCCCAGUCAGCCUCUUCCUACCGCCGGACCUUCGGUUCUGGUAUUGGAUCCACCUCAGGCAUGUCCUCCAUGUUCUCCCACGGUGGACGCGGCUCCUCCGGCUCGGCCCACAUGUCCUCCAGAGUCUACGAGAUGACCAAAAGCUCCGCCCGCCCCAGCUACUCCUCCGGCAGUAUUCGCUCCUCCUCCGGCGGCGCGAUGCGCUCGUACGCCGGGAUGGGCGAGAAGCUGGACUUCAACCUGGCCGACGCCACUAACCGCGACUUCCUGGACACCAGGACCAAUGAGAAGGCAGAGUUGCAGCACCUGAACGACCGGUUCGCCAGCUACAUCGAGAAGGUCCGUUUCCUGGAGCAGCAGAACGCUACUCUGGUGGUGGAGAUCGAGAGGCUGAGGGGUCACGAGCCGACCCGCGUGGCCGAGAUGUACGAGGAGGAGAUGAGAGAGCUGAGGCGUCAGGUGGACGGCAUGUCCAAUGACCGAGCCCGCAUGGAGGUGGAGAGAGACAACUUGGCUGACGACCUGCAGAAACUCAAACUCAGACUGCAGGAGGAGAUCCACCAGAGGGAAGAGGCAGAGAACAACCUGUCUGCCUUCAGAGCUGACGUGGACUCUGCCACGCUGGCCAGGCUGGACCUGGAGAGACGCAUUGAAAGCCUGCAGGAGGAGAUCACCUUCCUCAAGAAGAUCCACGAGGAGGAGAUCCAUGAGCUGACGAGCCAGAUGCAGGAGACCUCGGUGCAGGUCCAGAUGGACAUGUCCAAACCAGACCUGACCGUUGCCCUCAGGGACAUCCGUAUGCAGUACGAGGGUAUCGCAGCCAAGAACAUCUCUGAGGCAGAGGACUGGUACAAGUCCAAGGUGUCAGACCUGAACCAGGCUGUGAACAAGAACAACGAUGCUCUGAGACAGGCCAAACAGGAGAGCAUGGAGUUCAGGCAUCAGAUCCAGUCCUACACCUGUGAGAUCGACUCUCUCAAGGGAACCAACGAGUCUCUGCUGAGGCAGAUGAGGGAGAUGGAGGAUCGUCUGGGAAACGAGGCUGGAGGUUACCAGGACUCCGUCACCCGUCUGGAGGCUGAGAUCGCCAAGAUGAAGGAUGAGAUGGCUCGUCACCUCAGAGAGUACCAGGACCUCCUCAAUGUCAAGAUGGCCCUGGAUAUAGAGAUCGCUACCUACAGGAAGCUACUGGAGGGAGAGGAGAGCCGAAUCACUGUAUCUGGCUCCAAGUCUUCUCACUCUGGCUCCCACUCUGCUGCCUCAUUAUAUUCCACUGUUGGAUUCAGAGAGACCAGCCCAGACGUCGGACGAUCAGCAGAGGUCCACUCCAAGAAGACUGUCCUGAUCAAGACCAUCGAGACCCGCGAUGGAGAGAUGACAUAUUCUAUGAGAGAUGGAGCUAGUGCUCUGUGUGUGGUCAGUGAAUCUACACAGCACCAGCAGGACAUCAUGUAAACAACAACAACAGCAACAACAAGCUUAAAUUAGGAAAAAAAAAAAUGGAUGUUUACAUACAAAAAUACGAGGGGUUCUCUAGCUGCCGUUUCUAAGGCAAUGCCUCGUUUUAAAAAAGGUCUCUUUUUUGAGAGGGAGUGAGUUAUGAACACUUUAUGAAGUGUUAUAACCAAUUUAUGAAGGGUUAUAUCCUUCAUAGGAAUGUUUAUAACUCGUGAACUCCAACUAAUCAGAUGUUAUAUGACCCAUCUCCGAAGCAGAAGAACAUAAGAAGAAAGACAAUGUUAAGUUACAGUAAUCAGAAGGUGGGAACAAGGUGGAGUGAAAGGCAAGUCAGGCCCUGGCCAGAACAGAACACGCAUGGCUAGAAUGGAUCUCCAGGAGGUCAAGAGAUGGAUCUCUGUAGUGCACGUCUGUGUGUGAGUGGGUCUCUUUGCUUCACAAUAGUUUCACAGUGGCAAAUGAUUUGAAAUAAAGAUAUACUGUAUCUUCAAAAGAGAAUA